ACAACGUAACCGUCUCGGGUGUGUCGCGGGCUUUGGAAUGGCACAUCGCAUGGCCCAAAUAUAAGUUGGCCGUUUCUCAACCUGCAGGUCAUUGACUUUCACUUGAGCUCAUUCAUCCUUGCCCUUUACCUUCAGCCCACUCCCACUUACGCUAACCCGCCCUACUCUAAUAUCAACCAUGUCUGUCGACGCCAUUCGCAACAAGUACAAGGCCGCCGGCCAGGACCACCUCUUCACCUUCUGGGACAAGCUCUCAGAACAGGAUCGCGCCUCUCUCGUCCGUCAACUCGAGAGCAUCGAUGUCGAUCGCGUCAAUAGGAUCUACAAGAAGGCAGUCGGCACUGAGAAGGAAGAUAACGAUCCCAAGCACGUCGCAGAUCCCAUUGAGCCUCUCCCAAUGGAUGCCUGCGAGUCCGUCGUUCAUCACCCAGACAACGAACAAGCAUGGCGGCGGACGGGUCUGGAGGCCAUUUCUCGGGGAGAAGUUGCCGUCCUUCUGCUCGCAGGCGGGCAAGGCACCCGAUUGGGCAGUUCCGCGCCCAAGGGUUGCUACGAUAUUGGCCUCCCCUCCCACAAGACCCUUUUCCAGCUUCAGGCUGAGCGUAUUGCGCGUCUCCAGACAGUCGCAGAGAAGGAGUGCAAACGCCCCGCUGGGUCUGUCAUCAUCCCGUGGUAUGUCAUGACUAGCGGUCCCACUCGUGCCGACACGGAGGCCUUCUUCACGAAGAACAAGUAUUUCGGUCUCACCUCCAAGAAUGUCGUCUUUUUCGAGCAAGGUACCCUUCCCUGUAUGACCAUGGAGGGCAAGAUCAUGCUCGAUUCACCCUCGCACGUUGCUGUCGCGCCCGAUGGUAACGGCGGCCUUUAUGCAGCCACACGCGCGCCUCUAUCGCCCUCGGAUACGCGUUCCGUCCUCUCCGACCUUGAACAGCGCAAGAUCCGCUACAUCCACUGUUAUUGUGUCGACAACUGCCUCGUCAAGGUCGCCGAUCCUGUCUUCAUUGGCUGCUGUAUCCACAAGCAGGUCGAUUGCGCGGCUAAGGUCGUACCCAAAGCCUCGCCCACCGAGUCUGUUGGCGUUCUUGCUCGCCGUGGCGACAAGUUCAGCGUCGUCGAGUACUCCGAAAUAUCCAAGGAGCAAGCUGAGAGGCGCAACGAGUCUGGCGAACUCGCAUUCAACGCCGGCAACAUUGUAAACCACUUCUACACCUUGAACUUCCUCAAGGCUGUUGAGGCCUUUGAAGACGACUUCGCUUUCCACAUUGCGCGCAAGAAGAUCCCUUAUGUCGACCUCCAGACCGGCGAGCUCAACAAGCCUAGCAAGCCCAAUGGCAUGAAGUUCGAGAUGUUUGUGUUUGACGUUUUCCCCUUCACUGAGCGCUUUGCCGUACUCGAAGUUACUCGUAAAGAGGAGUUCAGUCCCCUCAAGAACGCUCCUGGCACUGGCUCCGACGACCCAGACACCAGCCGACGGGACCUGCUUGCACAGCACAAGCGAUUCCUAGUUGAGGCUGGCGCGACCGUGAAAGAUGGCGUUGAAAUUGAGGUCUCGCCGCUCGUCUCCUACGCGGGCGAGGGUCUCGAGCAUGUGAAGGGGAAGACCUUUACCAAAUCUGGCAUUGCAAGCAGCGUGGAAGAGCUGGACGCGCUCCUCUAACUCAAAUAUUUUCCAAUAGACUAUUUUACUUUGGACGGUUAACGACAGUGAUGGACAAUUUGGGUACCACUUCAAAUCUACGUAUACCCUUAGUACGCUUUAUCGGAUACUUAAUUUUGGCCAAUCGAGCUUGCAUUCACAAUGUUCGGGGACUUUGAUUAGGUAGCAUGUACUCUACCAUUAGUUAGGACACGGUUUAUUCAAGAGAAGUCUCUGGCAAAAAAGUCUGAAUUUCGUGUACCUACCAACUACGAGAUAAUGCUGGAAGGG